CUCACCUCAUCAGAUUUGACAUUUCUAGAUUUCACAACAAUGUUGUGAAUCGUAAAGUACUUCAUAAUGUGAUGUGUUUUACAAAGCGCAAGAAUGCCAAUACAGGCUCCACAGUGGACGGAAUUCCUAUCGUGUCCCGUUUGCUUCAAUGAAUUUGAUGUGUCACUACGUAGCCCCAUAAGCUUAGGAUGUGGACACACAAUAUGUAAAACCUGUCUAUCAAACUUACACAGAAAACAAUGCCCCUUCGACCAAACUGCGAUAAGCAUAGAAAUUGAUAGUUUACCAGUUAAUACAGCUCUUUUACAACUGGUCAGUACAAGCAUUAAGACAGACAAUGACACGGUCGAUACUAAAAUUGUUUCCCAAGAAAAUGUGGAAUUUUAUCAGUCUUCAAAAAAAUGUAUCGAGGAACUGGCUAUGUACCUCAAACCUUACUCAAAUGGAAAUGUAUGUAGCAGUACUAGCAUUUUAUCAAGACCCAUGCAAAGAAAAUUGGUGACAUUAAUUAAUUGCCAACUUGUUGAGGAUGAAGGAAGAACCAGAGCUAUGCGAGCCGCACGAUCAUUGGGGGAAAGAACUGUUACAGAACUUAUUUUACAACAUCAAAAUCCACAACAGCUUAGUGCCAAUUUAUGGGCAGCUGUUAGAGCGAGAGGAUGUCAAUUUUUAGGCCCAGCGAUGCAAGAAGAAGUGUUAAAGUUAGUUCUACUGGCAUUAGAAGAUGGUUCAGCAUUAUCUCGAAAAGUUCUAGUAAUGUUCGUUGUACAAAGACUAGAACCACACUUCCCUCAAGCUUCCAAAACGAGUAUAGGCCAUGUGGUGCAAUUACUCUACAGAGCAUCAUGCUUCAAAGUCUCAAAACGUGAAGGAGAUUCUUCUCUGAUGCAAUUAAAAGAGGAAUUUCGAACUUAUGAAGCUUUGAGACGAGAACAUGACGCACAAAUCGUUCAAAUCGCUACUGAAGCUGGAUUGAGAAUAGCCCCGGAUCAAUGGUCGGCACUUCUUUAUGGAGAUACGGCUCAUAAAUCGCAUAUGCAAAGUAUUAUUGAUAAGUUGCAAACGCCACAAUCGUUUGCUCAGUCAGUACAAGAAUUGGUUAUUGCGUUGCAAAGAACUGGUGAUCCUGGAAAGCUUUCUGUUUUAAGGCCGCAUUUGGAAUUACUCGCGGCUAUUGAUCCAAGUCCAGAAUCUACCACGCCACCUUGGAAGGAAUGUAGUGAGGCUUUGGAGGCUGUAAAACAAGUUGUGGCUGGUUUAGUGGAGUUUAUCCAUAAACAUGGAAGUCGAAAGCUUCAAGAUCCGGCUCAUCCACAACAUGCAAAGUACAAGAUAAGUAUGUGUAGAGAUUUAACUUUGCGGGGAAGUUGUCCAAGAGGGACAAAUUGUACAUUCGCACAUUCAAAUGAGGAGUUGGAAAAAUAUAGGGCAAAAAAUAGGAAAGUUAUCAUCAGAAAUAAAGAUCAUAGGAUUGAGAAUCAUUCUCCGAAUGAAAAAUCGUUUCCAUCUCAAGACGAAUUUUAUCCUUUGUCAUCUCCAACUGUGAAUCCAGUACAAAUUCCAGCUGUUGUACCAAUUUCUAGAAUCGGUUACGAAGUUCCUUUUAAUCCAAACUUUCCAGCAAACGCACCAUACCCAAAUGGAGCUCCUUUCCCAAAUCCACCCAUUUAUACGACAACCCCCACAAAUUUUCCUCCAGAUAUUUACGGCUCAAACCCACAUAAUAUGGUUGUUACAAACGGUGCGUCUUUUUUUCAAUCAGCCGAUUUCGGAAAUAACGCCGUUUCUAACAAUGAUCUUACAAAACAAAGACAAAACUGGGAGUUGAUAGCAAAAAGUCAAAAUGCAUCCAAUGUUCAAAAAAAUAGAGGAUCCACAAAGACUCUCGCGGAACUCCAUCAAAGAAAACAAGAGGUUAUUUCUCAAUUGGAGAAUAUUUUUGGUAAAAGUGCAACAACCGUUAUUUCUAAUACCGCCACAAAUCUUGCGAGACAAGAAUCGGAUUUGGAUAGUCCCACUUCGCCUUAUACAUUUUGGACGCAUGUUAACACCGGUCCAACAUUUGUUCGAUCUGAUUCCAUUUUGGCCGAUGAUGAUUAUGUUCCUGUUGAAGCACCUGGGGUUAGCAAAUACGGACCUAUCUCGCGGAUGCAUAAAGAUAAUGGACAAAGUACUGGUUAUAAGGAUGGUGCAACAUCAUUGUUAAGAAAAGCUGUAACUUCUGAGAACUCAUUAACACCUUAUUACUUUAAUAAUCCGCAAUUUUCUGGACUUCCACAAGGUCAUCCAUUAGUUGGUGGAAGUGGUGUUGGAGAUGGAUACAUCAUUAGUCAAGCUCCACAAUUUCUCCUGCAAAGAAUGCACGAUCCGUCAAAAGAACUUCUUGCGGAGGCUCAACGUGUUAAACUCCAACUACGAAACUUAGAAAAACAGUUGAAUGACCUAAAAUUAGUCACGCAAGGAGUUACAACGAUCAAUGAAGGAGAACGUUUGAAACAGGAAUUGCAGUUGAUUGAACAAGGUAUCCAGGAGAAACAGAAAGAAGUGUGUUUGAAUCGGCUGGUUUCGUCUUUGGUAAAUGGAAAUACACCAAUAAAUACUGAAGACGCAACAUAUGAAGAUGAUAUAGCGAAUGAUAUGAGAGAAUUAGAGUUGAGGUUGCAAGAAGAAAUUGAAGAACAGGAGAAACGUUGGAGCAGCGAGGAUGACUCUAAUAAAUAAACUUAAACCCAAUGGGUUUUUCCUUUUUAAUAAUAGUAAUACACAUACAUAAAAAAUAUUUUUUUAACAUGUCAAAACUAAGAACUGAUGGCUUUUCAAAUAGUUUUUGACAACCAUUUUUUUUAAUCGUUUAUGUACUAUGUAUGUAUAUUUAUAAUUUUAAUUCUUAUAUUCAAUUUAUUUAUACACUCUUUUUGGUCGUUUGGUUUACUUUGAAGUUUGUUUUUAUUAAUUUAAAACUAUACUAAGCUUACUGGUUAUCAGUUCUGCAAAAAGCGGUUCUCGCGUCGGAACAAAAUGUUUAAAAAAGGAGUUCUGGUGUGGAUUUUUAAGCGAUCAAGAUACGACGAAUAGAACAAAAAUACCGUUAUUUCCAGUUUUAUUGGAAUCAUUGGGACAAAUGUUAUACAUCGCCGAGAAAUGAUGUUUAUUAGGUCGGGCAGCUCUACGUGUUGUCAUCUCUCUUAAUGUUAAUCAUACUGUGUGUGAUUGGUAAAUCAAUAUUAUCAGUUGAUGUAUAAAGUAUAUACAUAUAUAUGGGACAUUUACUGUUUGUCUGUGCAUUUGUUUGAAAAUGCAUGUGUGUAAAAAAAUUUUAAUUAAUUAAAUAUCAAUAAUAUGA